CAAAAACGUGCAGUGCCAGUGCAGUGUAUCAUGACACAAUAUUUCUUAUAUGUAGUACUAAUAACAAGAAAGUGGCAAUUGUUAAGACUCAGUUCCAGUAAUUCUAAAGAAAUGCAGCAUAUGUAGGUGUUACUGCACAGAAAAUUCAAUGCAAUGACAUUUAAAACUACUGGGAAGAAUUGCAUGACGUGGCUUUGAACAAUGACUGCAAUAAAGCACACUCUCAACAGAGACGUAUUUUUGCCAAAUGAUGAACGCCUGAUUGGGUUUGUUCAUGUCACUAAAGUUGGACGGAAGAAGAAAACAAGCUUUUUGUGUGCUGCACUGAGUACAGAGACCCCGGUACAGGCUCGAGUUUACCAGGUAAAAAAGGCAGAUAAAACAGAGGCUUACAAGAAGAAAGUGACAUGGCUGCUGAGAGAAUUGAAGGUUGUGGACGGGAAGAGUUCCAGUAAGGAAACAGCAGAAUUUGAUCUCCAUUUUGAAAAAGUAUACAAAUGGGUAGCAAGCAGUGUCAAUGAUAAAGAAACAUUCAUAUCCUGUCUGUGGAAGUUAAGCCAGAGAUAUUUGAUUCAAAAGCCUGAUUUCCUGAAUGUUCCAAGACAUUUACUAGAAGAGGUAAGUAGGCCCACAGGCUCCAUACAAACGACCCAGCAAGAAGAUGACAUUGUUACCAUGGAAGAUGAUUACCAGGCCUUGACCCCUAAAGAAGAAUCUGACCUUGACCAGUUGAUGUCUGAGUGCAAGAUUGCCAUCAGCAAUGCAGAACUGUUUGCAGAGCAGCUUUCCAAACAGUUGUCAGUUCUCGAUGGGGCCAACAUUCAUUCCAUUAUGGGGUCUGAGGACCAGGUAUUGAACCUGAUGAGGCUUCUGGACGACGGCAUUCAAUCGGCUGAGAAAAUUGAAGACAAGCUGGAAUUCUAUGACAGUAUUUUACAGAAUGUAAAAGAUCAGAUGGAAGUGAUGAAGGAGAAGGAUGCACUGAUUCAAACAAGAAACAGAAACCAUCAGCUACUGCUGGAGAAACUGGACAACUUAGUGAUUCAACUGGAUUUAGACACUCUGCACUUAAAGGCCCUACAGGACAGUGACCUUUCUACACCUGGUGGUAUAUAUGAAUGUACAGCUGCUGCCCAUGCUCUACAGAAAUGUCUGAAUGCAGACAUUCAUCCAGCUUUGAAUCAAAUGACUGCAGUCGAGGAACAGCAGAGAAAAUUCACCAAGUUUUCAGACAAAUUUGGCAAGAGAUUGGCUCACCACCUUAAUAACCUGUUUAUCCAACAGGGGAAUGAGCUGGGAGAGACGCUCAGUCGCCAGGCGCCAGACUUUAGACUUCCCCAGCACCACUCAGCUCACCGAGAUCUCACACCAUAUGCAGACCUCAUGCUCUGGCUGAAGAACUCGGACUUCCAUAGUUUUACUGAGCUGUCAAAGGUCUAUACACAGAAUUUAAGUAAGCUGUACAAUAAGGAGAUACAAGACUUCCUGGAAAUGGCUAAGCAGAAGUUAGGAAGCAAACCAGACAAGAAUAAACUGAGUGUUGGUUUGACCAGCCAGGCAAGAGCCCUUUCUGGCUCAUCUUCAAGCCUGAACCGGAAAAUGUCUGGCUCAGUGCAGAGUCUGAACUCGGAUAGUAUCUCAAUGCAUGGAUCAAGCCAUGACCUAGCUAUGAGACAUUUAUUUGAUCAGGUCAUUGACAAAAUCCUCAAUGAACUGGAACCUGUUUGUCUAGCAGAGCAGGACUUUUGUGUGAGAUUCUUCCAUCUUGCUGGGGACACUCCGGUCAUAAAGGAACCCAAACAGGAAGAAGAAUCAGACGACAUCUGGAAGCCUAUUCAAACUGCUGCUGCUCCAUUGGAGGAGUUCUAUGAGGAAAAUUUAGGUGGUGGCCUUAAGAUACAGAGGCGCCGCACCAAAUCCAAUCUGAGACACAUGAAUGAGGAAGUUCGAAGGAUGAUGGGAGAUUUGUUUCCAAAUCUGGAAUCAGAGCUGGAAGCAUUUGUGUCUUAUGCUGAUAGAUUAGACGGGUUUAACUCCAUGUACAUGCUGGUGAGGAUGAGUCAACAUGUGAACAAAUCCCAAGACACAGGAUCCUUCCUCAGUGUUAUGUUUGCCAGCUGUCUGGUCAAGAUCAAGAGAAACUUCGACAAGUUCAUAUCAAACCAGAUAAAAGCCAUUCAAGACUUUAAAGUUUCCAAGAAGAGUAGAUGUGGGAUUAUAGCAUUUGUUCAUAACUUUGAGGAUUUUGCCAAUCAAGCUGAAAGUAUCUUCAAGUUGUCAGACAGACAUACACACCUAGACAAGUCGUACAAAACUCUGGUAGUUGUCAUCUACGAACAAAUAGCUAGGGUAGCCAAUGAGAGCCAGAAAACUCCAAAAGAUGUCGUCAUGAUGGAAAAUUUCCAUCAUAUGUAUUCAACCUUGUCCAGCCUUAAAAUUCCAUGCCUGGAGUCUGAUAGGAAAGAGGCCAAGCAGAUCUAUCAAGACAACUUAACUAGUUACACAUUGAAUCUGCUUGGUAGACCUUUGGAAAAACUGCAUGUGUUUUUUGAGGGUGUUCAGAACCGUGUUGCCACAGGUGUAAAGCCAGAGGAGGUUGGAUUUCAGCUAGCAUUCAGCAAACAGGAACUGAGAAAGGUCAUCAAAGAAUACCCAGUCAAAGAGGUAAAGAAAGGUUUGGAUGGAAUUUAUAAGAAAACCCACAAAGAUCUGUGUGAAGAAGAGAACCUGUUACAGGUGGUGUGGUUCUCCAUGCAGGAUGAAUUCAUCAAACAAAUCAAACAUUAUGAGGAUCUGAUUAAUCAAUGUUACCCAGACUCUGGAAUCACUCUGGAAUUCAAGGUGGAAGAGGUGCUGUCAUUUUUCUCAGAAAUUGCCCAGAAUCAUUGAUCAAGUGUUUGUGACAAGCACUGUGUAGGAUGACCAACAUGGCAAAUAACGUCCUAUGUGACUUAUGUAACAUGAUAACGUCCUAUGUGACUUAUGUAACAUGAUGUGAAACUCGGAGCAUCCACUGGUUACUGGGUGUAUUUCUAAACAUGCCGUCGGACCUGAUACAAUUCAUAUUGGGUUACGCAUGGUCACAGACAGUCACUCACCAUGCGAAUUAUCACAUUAAGAGGAGAUAAAUGCGGCAUUUUAGGAUCAUUGUGUGCUUUUGCUUCAAUGGGAUAUAACUAUGUUGCCUUUAGUUUCUGAUUCAGUUUCAUCAAGAGUCUGCACUAUUCAUUAAUAGCAGCAUUUCAUUUGUAGUAAAGAAAAUGCAAGUUGGGAUUUUUUCUUCUGUGUAUAAAUGUAAAAAACAACCCUGAAGUUUGAUGCAAGAUUUUAAAAAUUCGCCAAAUGUAUUUGAUUGAAACUCAUGAAAUGGGUGUAUUUGUGAUGAUUUCAGAAUAGGGGCUACUUUAUAUCAGAAGACGGUCAAGUUCUCUGAAGAUGAGAUUUUGUUGUAGAUUCUGUCACUCCCCCAGUGACUUUCAAUUUUCACAGACUAUAUAUUUUAUUAUUUGUAGCAAUAGGAUUAUUAUCCUAAUGUUUGAUCUAUGGAGGUAACAAUAUUUUAUUCAGAAUUUAAAAAAGCAGUUGUCAUAAAAAUGACAGAAUGCUUCAUACCCUUUUGUUAUGGGCAUAUAGAAAGCACUUUGAAACAAUUGUAAAUGUCACUGCAAACUAUGUCCAUGUACCACUCAUCAACCACUCCCUCCUCCCCCUCAAAGGAAAAGAAAUAGUAAAAAACCACUUUAGAAAAUGCUAUAAAUAAUUUAUUUUUUUUUUGUAAAAAAAUUAUAUAUUUGUCAAAGCUGUGAUGAAAAUUACAUUCUGUUGUUUGAUUUUUUAUGAUGAUGUUAUCUAAUUUGUGCAUGGAUUUUUAGAAAGUGCAAUAAUCAGUGAAGUAUAUUAGUAAGGAAUAUGCUUUCUUUUUUAACAAUAUUGAAAAUAAAAUGAAUUGUUUUC